CUCUCUCUCUCUCUCUCUCUCUCUCUCUCUCUCUCUCUCUCUCUCUCUCUCAGUGUAGACGUGUAGGAAAAUGGCAGAGGCCAGUAUUUCAGUUGAUCAGGAUCAGUUCAGCUGUCCAAUCUGUUUGGAUCUAUUGAAGGAUCCAGCAGCUAUUCCAUGUGGACACAGUUUCUGUAUGGUGUGUAUUAAUGACUGCUGGGAUCAGGGUGAUCAGAGGGGAGUCUACAGCUGUCCACAGUGCAGAGAGACUUUCUCUCCAAGACCUGUUCUACGCAGGAACAACAUGCUGGCUGAAGUGGUGGAGAAACUGAAGAAGACUGAACUCCACCCUGCUUCUCCUGCUCACUGUUACGCCAGACCUGGAGAGGUCAAAUGCGAUUCCUGCACUGGGAAAAAAUGCAAAGCCAUCAAAUCCUGUCUGGUAUGUUUGACUUCUUACUGUAAAACUCAUAUCAAACCUCACUAUCAGUCUCCGGCCUUCAAAAAGCACAAGCUGAUUAAAGCCUCUGCAAAACUUCAAGAGAAGAUCUGCUCUCAACAUGGCAAACUGAUUGAGCUAUACUGCCAUACUGACCAGAGUUGCAUCUGUUAUUUGUGUAUGAUGGACCAACACAAAGGUCAUCAUACAGUCUCAGCUGCAGAGGAGAGAACUGACAAACAGACUCAACUAAAGGAGAUGCAAACAGAAUUCCAGCAGAGAAUCCAGGAGAAGGAGAAUGAGGUGCAGGAGUUGAAGCAGGCUGUGAACACUCUUAAGUGCUCUGCACAGGCAGCCCUGGAGGACAGCGAGAGAAUAUUUACUGAGCUGAUCCACUCCAUUGAGAAAAUGCGCUCUGAGCUGACAGAGAUGAUCAGAGCUAAGGAGAAGACUGAACUGAGUCGAGCCGGAGAACUCCAGGAGAAACUGGAGCAGGAGAUUGCAGAUCUUAAGAGGAGAGACACUGAGCUGGAGCAGCUCUCUCACACAGAGGAUGACACCCACUUCCUCCAGAGUUUUCAUUCUCUCUGUGACCCUCCUGUGAAUGAUGACUCCUUUAUAUUCACUGUUAUUCAACAUGUCUCAUUUGAUAAAGUGAGUAAAUCCCUCUCUGAUCUGAAAGAGCAACUAGAAGGUCUAUAUGAGGAGGAAAUCAAGACCAUCCUUUCAGAUGGUUAUCUCCCUGAAGUUUCUCCGUUCCAAACUAAGGCUGAAAAUGAGGUGAAAAUGAAGCCCAAAUCUGAGCUGAACCCGAGGCCUACUAUACAUCAUGGAAUCAGGUGUGAUGGCUGUCAAAUGAAACCCAUUCGGGGUCCAAGGUAUAAGUGUCAAAGCUGUUUUGACUUUGACUUCUGUGAGAGUUGUUAUAUCUCCCGUGAUCAUGGCUUCAGACACACCUUUGAACGUUUUGAUAAACCAUUCUUAUGGUUUCAAUAACCAGGUCAGUCUCACAAAAUGCUUCAUUUGGCUGAUUUGCUGUAUACUUGUCAGUUGCCUUAUUAUAAACAUUCAUAUGUAAAAAACCCUUGAAGAUGUAGUCCAUCUGUAUGUGUUAGCCAUCCCAAAACAUAAUAUUCCUGCAGUGACUAACAGAUUGUACAUGACAACAGAUAAUGAGUCUAUAACUACACCUAUAAAUCUACAUAUAAGAAAAGUGUGCAUAAUAUUCAGUGACUAUACAUGCAAGGGAGGUAAUUCUAAUAAAGUGGAUGGUGAAUGUAUUAUUGAUCAUGUUUUACUGUAGUAUAUUAAUAUAAAAUGUUUUGACAUCUUAAUUAAAUGAGUGUGCCCUGACGUUAACAGCCUAUAAAAUAUUGAGCACGAUUACAAGUGUCUAAGUAUUUAUUUUGUUUCAAUUAUGUAAUCUUUUUUCUGACUUUCCAUCAUAACAACACUUUAAUCUAUCUUAGAGCACAGAUCACACAAUAUAUCAGAGAACUUUUGGAAAACUCACAUUUCUCAUCCGUAACCUCUCUCCAAAUUAGAUAAUGCUUAGAUCCCUCAUGUUCGGCUAUUUUUACAUGGACUUUGUGAUGUAAGAAAGGGAGCAGAAGUUGUUACAUCAAAUGGAGAGAGAGAGAGAGAGAGAGAGAGAGAGAGAGAGAGAGAGAUAGAUAGAUAGAUAGAUAGAUAGAUA